AUGGAGAGACCAAAACGUCCCCCGCCGCUGGCCCUCGCGCCGCCAAAGAAGCAGGACAAGUCCGUCUAUCGCCAGACUAUGAGCAUCACUCCACCAGCCCCGAAACCUCACCCAGUCCCGCAACAGCAACCCCGUGCACCGUCGAGGCAUGCCUCGCGGCAUCGCUCCCAUCGAGCAUCGCCUUCUACGUCAUGGAUCCAUCUCGCCAGCACGAUCCUCCACAUCCAUCUCUGUGCUGUUCUCAUCGCCGCACUGGCGACUUUUCUUCACGACCAGCCUGCGGCGGCCACGACACAGAUAGGACACAACGUCAUAGCCGCUCUGAUUUUCCUCAUCUUCGACACCCUCCUCUCGCUGCUGAGCAUUCUCCGUCCCGCCCACGCCGUCACCCUCCUCGUGCGUUCGGGCAUCGCCACGUGUCUCCUGGCGGUCUUCAUCGCGUUCGCGGCGCAUGUGCCUGGGCCGAGGGUCUUCACGCCAGGCUACCACCUCUGGGGCACCGUGUUUGAGACGGGCGACGGGCUCGUCGCGGGCGCGUGGGCGGGGUCAACGAAGCAAGAGUUCAAUACGGGAGGGACGAUGAAGGAAGUGGUGGUAUCAACUGGUGCUGGGCCCCAUGUUGAAGAACAUAAUCUCGAAUGA